AUGUCGCGCUCUUCAGCCGGCUUUGCAGACUUCUUCCCCACUGCACCAUCUGUUCUCCAGCAGAAACGUUUCAAGGCCACGCGAGAACGACAACAGGUUAAUGACCAACUCAACAGCGAACAUAGUGAUGACCAUCUGGCCUGCUCUACAGAACCAGUCACCACUCAUAAUUUCGCAAACGGCAGUGCGUCUGCCGACGAAGCAUCAGGGCUAUAUGAGGAAUCGACUAAAGUACCGGAAGCCAUUGGGAUUGGGUCUGCAAGUUCUGCGAGCACCGGUGCUUCGGUUCUCAGCUCCUCGCUUCCUCAAAUCGGCACAACCAACUUAAAUGAGCCACAGCUUGAUACACUCACGCCGCUCACAAACGCUGAAUCCUCUCCAAUUUGCAAAGCAAGCCCCCAAACAAAGACAGCAGACGGCAUUGCAGAAGGGAAUUCCAACAAUUUCGGUGCUAAGGAACGAAAACCUGCGAUAACCCCCCUUCAAACGCCCCCGACUCCACAGUCGCAGACACGGCGAAUUGGGAACGCAACAAAGGGCUGCAAAUUGGUCUACGACCCAGAUAUUGAUAGGCGAACAUUAUCAAAGGAGAAGCGAAGAAAGCCCCAGUAUGUGGAUAUAACCAUCUCCGAGCAAAAUGCCUGCCCGUCAGACCCCCGUCUUGGGAUAUCGAAUUACACACGAGGGGCUGGUUGUAAACAGAAAACGAAAUAUCGACCAGCGCCCUACACAUUGAAGCAAUGGCCAUAUGACGCUCUUACUACUAUUGGCCCCGGUCCACCCAUUCAGAUAGUGGUUACAGGGUUCGACCCUCUGACUCCAAUCGCACCAAUCAGUGCACUUUUCUCAAGCUUUGGGGAUGUUUCUGAAAUCAACAACCGCACAGAUCCCAUCACUGGCAGGUUCCUGGGGAUAUGUUCCAUUAAAUACAAAGACAGCGGGUCAUUUCGUGGGGGCAUCCCUGUCCCCGCCACCAGCGCGGCGAGGCGAGCUUAUUAUGAAUGCAAGAAAGAACAACGCAUCGGAACUCGCCGUAUAAGAGUUGAACUGGAUAGGGAUGGUGUUAUAUCGGAAAAGAUUGUCUUGAGAGCUAUCGAUUCCCAGAGAAUGGAACACAAAAGCAGCAUUUCGGCUUCCGAGGAGACAAAGAUCGAGCUGCAGGCAAAAAGGAAUGAACCCCCGCCCACCGCUCCGAAAGGUCCUUCGGGGAGGUCUUUGAAUCGAGCGAUAUCUGCCGUUCCCGCAAUUCCGGAAGGACCGCGGGCUAGCUUUGUGAAGCCGACUGUGCCAUCGCUUGUCGAAGAGAUUCCUAUAUUGAGUCAAAUCAAGCGUGCCCCAUAUAUUUUCAUCGCACAUUGUUAUGUACCCGUUCUGAGCACCACUGUGCCGCACUUAAAAAAGAGACUCAAGCUAUUCAAUUGGGAACACAUCCGUUGCGACAAAACGGGCUAUUAUAUCAUAUUUGAGAACUCAAGGCGCGGUGAAGAGGAAACUGAGCGUUGCUACAAGAUAUGUCAUAUGAAACCUCUAUUUACAUAUAUUAUGAAUAUGGAAAGCCAGCCUUAUGGCAAUCCUAAUUACGAGCGCAGCCCAAGCCCCGAACGACUGCGAGCAGAGCAGCGAGAGAGGGCCGAAAAGGAAAGGCUAAAGAAAGAGGCCGAGCUUGAUAUUGAGGAAGAAAAGAAGCAACGAGCAAUUGACUUGGAUCCCUGCAAGGAAGUGUUGACAAUCAUACUCCGUGAUUUGAAAGACAAGCUUCUAGAAGAUGUCAAGUCACGCAUUGCUGUCCCAGCUCUAUAUGACUAUCUUGAGCCGGAUCGGCAUGCAGCGAAGAGAAAAAGACUAGGUAUUCCAGAUCCUGUCGGUAUCAAAAGGCCUGUAUUUCGAAUCGGAGUGGAUAAUUCCGUUGCUACGCCGGAUUCUCGUGCCGAACUAUCGAACGGUCAGCGACCAUUCAAUACACCUGGCCUAAAUGUACUUGCGCUUCCACGCAUCAGAAAGGCCCGUGGACUCGACCGUGCAGAUGCUGCCUUUCUGGAUGAAAGGCGCAAGCAGCCGUCGCGCAGAAGGGAAGUCCGACCGCUUUACCAUCGAUUGCAACAGCUACAUGAUGUCGACGAUUCAGAUGAUGACCAGCGGACUCCUUUCACAAGAGACACUGAUGAACAAGACAGUCGACCACCCAGUCGGAUGAGCUCAAGUUCUUCAGAGUUCGAAAAUGAUGGUGGUUUCGGCUCCGAAACAUUACACUCGUCAAUUGCCGAAACAACAGUGGAUGGGCUACGAGAUUUUGAUGCUGAGGAUACAAAGGACCAUAUCAACCUGGAUCGUUUAGUUACCGGCGUUCACGAACUAUCUCCCACUUCUCGGAAAAGGAAAAGGCUUAGCGAAGAGCUCGAAGUACGAAAGCGACAGAAAGAGGAUGAUGAGCUCUUUGGCAUCAAUUCCGUCGUGGAAACGGAAGACGGAACUGAUCAUUCUGCAUUGCCACUGGCAAGUGUUGAUAGCAAUACUGCGGGUCUUAGUACUCAUUCUACUUCUCAUCUGGAGCUAACAAAAGAACAUGGGCCCCCAAAACCAGGAACACCUGGAAGGGAGCUCAUAGGCCUUGAGUCACUUGGUAUAAAUACUUCGCUUCACCAAAAAGAUCCAGGUUUCGGGAUACAUACCAAUUCCUGUGGCAACAAGGACGCGGUUAAGCCCGAGGGGUUGAGAAUAGAAAUCGAGUGGCGAGUAUCAAAUGACGAGCCCCGUCCAACGGUCGAGGACGACGAUGCGAUUAUCCUAGAUCUCGACGGCUGGCAGAAUUUGGUCAAAGACGACGAGGACAUGUAUUUCCUUCGGUGUGUUUUAAGUGACCAGCCAAAGUCAGAUGUUGGAAAUCUAGCAGCUUGGGCAUGGAGGCAAAAAGAAAUAAAAGCGCUCAAUCGUCCUGGGACCACAGGGCCAGUUCACGAAGAAACUACCAUUUGUGGCUAUUACGUUUCGAACCUGACAGGUGCAGCUCGCACUGAAGGCAGGAAAAGAAUUCUGGAAUCAGAGAAGUCAAAAUAUCUGCCACAUCGAAUCAAAGUCCAGAAAGCGCGUGAGGAACGAGAAGCCAAGGCAAAGAGUGAUCCUCACGCUGUUGCCGCUGAGGCUGCGCGGAUUGCUGCGGCCAAGACGAUUUCUAAAUCGACGUCUAGAUCGACUAGGGUUAAUAAUCGCCGGUUAAUCGCAGACAUCAAUGCACAAAAGCAAGCCCUUCCAACUCAAAGUGGAGACGGCGAUGUUCUUCGAUUCAACCAACUCAAGAAACGAAAGAAACCCGUCCGCUUUGCGAGGUCUGCGAUUCAUAACUGGGGUUUGUAUGCUGAAGAGAACAUUUCGGCAAAUGAUAUGAUAAUUGAAUAUGUCGGUGAAAAGGUGCGACAGCAGGUUGCAGACAUGAGAGAAAGGCAGUAUUUGAAAAGUGGGAUUGGCAGCAGCUAUCUUUUUCGAAUCGAUGAAAACACUGUUAUAGAUGCUACAAAAAGGGGAGGCAUUGCCAGAUUUAUCAACCACAGCUGUACGCCAAAUUGCACUGCCAAAAUCAUCAAGGUUGACGGCAGUAAACGAAUUGUUAUAUACGCUUUGAGGGAUAUUGAACGUGAUGAGGAGCUGACUUACGAUUACAAAUUCGAAAGAGAGUGGGAUAGUGAUGACAGGAUCCCAUGUCUUUGCGGUUCGACAGGCUGCAAAGGCUUUCUCAAUUAA